GUGUCACAACGAAGUGCUCAUGUGGGUGAAGACAAAGUCGUGGACGAGCAGCCAGGAGUCCAGUUCAACAUCUGACGGCGUGCUGCACGGGUCACCUCUCCAGCAGCUCAACAACAAGAAGAGACAGAAGAUCCAGCAUCAGGACAUCUGAGGGUCAAGGACAAGAGAUCAUCAGCAGAGCUCUGCUUCAGUCCAGAGGAGGGACGAGGACCAACAUUUCACAGUGGUGACACUGAACAGCUCGGACCAUGAGGAGUGUGCGUGUGUGUCUGUGCCUGGCUCUGCUGCUGCCCUGGUGCGUCCAGAGUCAGAGGAGCGCUCCCUCCAAACUGGAUGAAGACACGCAGAGGGACGUGCUGGCCGUCGACAUCCUCAACCGCAGCGGCGUGCUGAACUCGCUGCUGCGGUCGGAGCAUCACAUGGUGCUGAGGCGAGCCCGAGUCCCGCGCCCGGCCUCCCAGGUGCCCAAGAGAGCCCCGCAGGGGUCCCGCUUCGCCCUGUCCCUCGACGUCCCCACCAGCAUCCUCAGCGUCCUCAUAGACCUGGCCAAGAACCAGGACAUGAGGACCAAGGCUGCGGCCAAUGCAGAACUCAUGGCACGAAUAGGCAAGAGGAAAUGAGGAGCCCCUGCGUGGGAGAGGUCUUGAUGGAGGAAUUCUCGCCCCUGCAGCACGUCGAGGCUCAGACACCUGUUUAGAAACAAAGUUAGUUCAGGUGAUACCAAGCAUCACGGUCAGUAUCUGUCCUUUAGAGCUUAGAUCUGCUUUACUUUUAUACUCCUAUUCAAUUAUGUACUAUAUCAGCUCAUUAUAAAACCCUCCAUGGACUGACUCUGGAAAUAAUGAUAACUAGAAAGGAGGAUGUAAAACAAAGUCACACAAGAGGAAACUGCAAACAAUGUCACACCAUACAACAUGAAGCUGGUCUUUUGUCUCAGAGAUUAUUCAGCCGUGGGUCGCACCGUGUGAUCAGCUUCUGAAAUCUGCUUCUUGUGUCUGCAUGUGUACAAAGAAAAGGUUGUUCAAUUAAAUCCAAUGUGAUGAUCAGUAUUUCUCUCAAGUCUAAAUUCAUUUCACCGUGCACCCUUAGUAUAAUUACAAGCAUCAGCAACCCCAUAAAAAGCACAAAUGAAUGGGUCGGAGCCAAAUGAGCCUGCGUCAGCCUCAGUGGGGCCUGAUGUGUGAUAAUGGGACAAAGAGCCACACAGGAUAUUGACCUCUGAGGGAGCAACAGACCCUUUCCCAUAAACCUUUGUU